AUGAGGGCGUUCAGGGCCAGCCCCGCCCCUUUCCUCGGGGCCGCUCGGGGUGACGUGGGCGGGGCGUUCGGGCCGCCGAUGGGCGCUCGGGGUGACGUCACACCAGCCCCGCCCCUUUCCUCGGUCUCCCGUCUCCGGGGCCGCUCGGGGGUGACGUCACAUCAGCCCGCCCCCUUCCACCGCCCGUGGGCGUUCGGCCACGCCCCCUUCCGCCGCCCGUGGGCGUCCGGGGUGACGUCACGCAAGCCCCGCCCCUUCCCUCGGUCUCCCGUCUCCGCUCGGGGUGACGUCACCGGAGCCCCGCCCCCUUCCGCUCCCCGGGGGCGUUCUGGGGGUGACGUCGUUGCGGCCCCGCCCCCCGGCGGGCUGCCGGGGCGGGUGACGUUACGGCCGGGGGUGGGUCCGGAGCUGUCCGCCAGCACCGCGGACCGACAGACCGACCGACAGACGGACGGACGGACAGACACCGGCCCCACCGGCCUCCCCGUCCCCGUCCCCGGGCCGGGCCCCGUGGAGCCGCCGCGGUCCCCGCUGCCGCUGUCCCCGGCCCCCGAGCCGGGCGGCCCUCCCUGGGGCCCCCCCUGCCCCCGGCUCCCGGACCGGCGGUACCAGGCGCUGCCCUCGCUCGUCUGCCUCAUGUGCUGCCUCUUCGGCGUCGUCUACUGCUUCUUCGGCUACCGGUGUUUCAAGGCGGUGCUGUUCCUGACGGGACUCCUGUUCGGCUCGGCGGUCAUCUUCCUCCUCUGCUACCGGGAGCGGGUGUUGGAGACGCAGCUGAGCGGGGCGUCGAGCGCGGGCAUCGCCCUGGCCGUCGGGCUGCUGUGCGGCCUGGUCGCCAUGCUGGUCCGCAGCGUGGGCCUCUUCCUCCUGGGCCUGCUGCUGGGGCUGCUGCUGGCCACGGCCGCCCUGCUGGGCUCAGGCCCCUUCUACCAGCCGGCUACUGUCUGGACGCCCCUGGGCCUGCUGCUGGGGGCCGGCCUGCUCUGCGCCCUGCUGGCCCUGCGCUGGCCGCGCCCGCUGACCACCCUGGCCACCGCCGUGGCCGGGGCCGCGCUGGUCUCCGCCGCCGUCGACUACUUCGCCGAGCUGCUACUGUUGGGCCGCUACGCGGCCGAGAGGCUGAGGGCGGCCCCCCCGGGACCCCCGCUCUGCUGGCGCAGCUGGGCCCUGUUGGCCUCCUGGCCCCUGCUCAGCCUCGUGGGCGUCGUGGUCCAGUGGAGGGUCACCGCCGACGGCUACUCCCACACCGACGUGGUCAUCAGGCGGCAGCAGCGACGGGUACAGCUGAUGCGGAUCCGGCAGCGAGAGGAGCGGAAAGUCCGGCGGCGACCUCCAUCCCGUGACCCCCGGGCCCUCCGACCUCCGGACCCCGCUUACCGCCGUCGCCCGGUGCCCGUCAAGCGCUUCAACGGGGACGUGCUCUCUCCCAGUUAUAUCCAGAGCUUCCGGGACCGUCAGACGGGGUCAUCUCUAAGCAGCUUCGUGGCCGCUCCUCCCGCGGACUUGGACUACGAGUGCGGAUCCACCGUGCCGCUGACCGCCGCCUCGGCCGCCCCGGGACCCCCGGUCCGCGUCUAGACGCCCCCUCCCCAGGACUGGACCGGGCCCGGGACUAGGCCUGGACGCCGCAGCGGGGGCCGAACCCCUGUCUGGGGGCUCCUCACGGGACCGUCUUCCCCCAUUAUAUAUAUAUAAUGACAUUUAUU